AUGCUUCUGGCGUCACACAUAAAAGUGUGUGCCGGUGGUGGAGACAAUCAGAAUCACCAAACCCCAGCAUCGGACGGCGAAACGGGAAUGGGGAAGGAUACAACAGCCAAUCGCUUCGCUGACCAGAUCCUAUUUCGGCCAGCAUCUGCUCAUUCCAGGACCUAUUUGCCCACAAAACCAGACGACCAUUCCCACUCCACUCCACUCCACUCGACUGGGCUUUCACUUUAA